CGCCGCGGCUCCGGCCGCCGCGGCCAUGGCCCAGCGGGCGCCGAGGGGGCUGGGGCAGGACGAGGAGGACGGAGCGGAGGAGGAGGAGGAGGCGGCGCGGGGCAGCCAGGCGCGGGCCAGGAGCCGUGCGGAGCCCGCGGCCAGCGGCGGCAGCAGGACCCAGGACCGGCAUGAGAGGAAGCGGAAGAGGCAGGAGGAGCAGCAGCUUCAGAAGAUCCAGCACCUGGAGUCUUUCUAUGAGAAACCUCCCCCUGGGCUAAUUAAGGAGAAUGAAACAAAACCAGAAGACUGCAUACCUGAUGUACCAGGCAAUGAAAGCGCACGAGAAUUCCUGGCACAUGCCCCAACAAAAGGGCUUUGGAUGCCUUUGGGAAAAGAAGUCAAAGUUAUGCAGUGUUGGAGAUGUAAACGUUAUGGACACAGAACAGGAGAUAAGGAAUGCCCAUUCUUUAUUAAAGGCAAUCAGAAAUUGGAACAAUUUAGAGUAGCACAUGAAGAUCCAAUGUACGAUAUAAUAAGGGAAAAUAAGCGUCAUGAAAAAGAAAAGAGGAUACAGCAACUGAAGCAGCUCCUGGAGGACUCUACCUCAGAAUCUGAUAGCAGUGAUGAGGAUGAUGAAGAUGGCAGCAGCUCCACUUCCUCAGAACAUAAACACAAGAAGAAAAAGAGGAAAAAGGAAAAGAAAAAAAAAGAAAAGAAGAAGAAGAAAAAGAGGAAACGUAAAUCAUCCAAAUCUAAUGACAAGUCAGAAUCUGACUGACAGCAGGCACCUACUGCAUGCUCACUGACCUCUCUACUUGUGAACUGCAAGGAAAGAUCCAAAGAACGAGGAGGAAAACACCAGAAAGGGCUUUAUUAACCUUGGAACAUACAUGUGUAUGCAUACAGCAUCCUACACUGGCAUCCUCUUCUGCCCCUCUGCAGUCAGAAAGAAGAAAGCUGCAUUAAACCAUAUCUUUGUGCUGUAAAACCCAUACUGAGAGUCAGACAGAUUGGUCAGAUGGGGCCUCUGCAUUGCUGCCCAUUACCAGCAGCAGAAAGUGGCAACCACAAAGGGAUCACCAACAAACCUGCAGCAUUAGCAGACUGUCUGUUGAAGUGUCUUAACUCCAUGAAGUUAUUUUAUUAUAUACAAAGCCUCAUUGUAACAGGACUGCAGUUUGCACCAUGCAGAGCACUGAGAGUUCCCUUAGAGUGCUUAUAAUGAGCAGGUUAUACUGCAUUUUCUUCUCUGCAUACAUGCUGAAAUUCUGUGUACAUAUCCUCAUAUUGGCAGCUAAGGAAAUAAAGAGUACUGCUGCAGGGGAAAAACGGUAAUCAAGGGGAUUUACUUUAAGACAAAAUUGCAGUAUCAGCAAGACUUAAUUUUAUAUGUGUGUGUGUGUAACAAAAUCUCAACAUCACUACCAUUAAUACACAGUUCUGAAACAUCUAAAGUGAAAUAUCUACAGUGUCUAAAUCAUAGAAGUGAGAGCCAAGUGUAAUGAUGUUAGAAAUUCAACUUAACUGUAAAGAGAUAGUGAGUUUAGUUAUUUUAGAAGGGAGGUUUCACAUAAGAAAUUAAAAAUAUUAGUUUCUGCAUAUUCUUCCAUAUCAGUUGUUUUGAUACAAGCUAAGGGAGAUUUCCUUUUUAAGAGGCUUGGGGUUAAUAAAUUCCCACUUACUUUUUAUGUUUACUCAGUUUGAUGAGGUAACAUUUUUUUAAUCAUCCCACAAAAAUAUAUGGAAGGCUCUCAAAAUAGUUUUCAACUAUACUCAUGAAGCCACAGGGCAGUAGUAAAGAACUUGUAAGCAGGAAGAAGAGAAAGUUAUGUACUUAAUAGACCUUACAUACUGACCUCCCUUUUCUUUUAAAUAAUCUUGACUCAUGAUGCCUUGAGGAGCUAGAACAGAGACUACACAGAGUUAAGGGGAAUGAAAUGGGUAUUUAUUGAGAGGCCUUCAAAGGCCACACCCUGGCAGUACCAGUGCCACAGUGUGGCCCUUACCCUGCCUUGAUGGCUCCGAGAUGGAAGCAAAAGAGGGCUUGGUCACAUGAUCUCACAUCUUUAUGGACUUUAGUCUAUUUGCAUACAGGAGUCCAAUUGCAUACAGACCAUCCAAUGAAUAGUCUCAAAUUGUAAGGUUUCAUCCUCCUUGCCUGCUUGCUGGCCUGCCCUCCUCUUUUCACGUUGUUUAUGCUUAGGGCCUGGAGUUUGAAGAAACUGUCCUUGGGUCAAUAGCUGAUACCGGAUUAUUUUGUCUUCUUCACCCUAAGCACAACGGAAAAGCAUACCCAAGCAGAACAGAAAACUCAGAAUUUAAGGCAUCACUCAACCAGAAAUAUAGAGAUGGCUAUAAACAGCAUUACAGUAACCAACUCUCUUUGAUACCUCAAGGUACAUUAGCACCGAGCUGUGACUAGAGGAGCUAGAUGAUGGACAGUGGUACCGUGCAAAAGGAAAGAGAAAACUAGAUGUGCUUUGAAAGAACUAUAGAAUUUAGUCUCUGUGGGUAUGCUAAAAUUGAAAGAAAAAAACCCACAUGAUAAAGCUCUAAUACAGUAGAGUGAACAUUAACAGUGAAAUCAAGUAACCGUAGACUAAAAUGCAGCUAAGAUUUUUUAUUUUCUUCAGAGCUUUGGAAGAGAGGAUGAGAGAAAGUAUAGAUUAAAAUUUUUCCUCCCUCCUAGAGGUCUAAGAGUGAUUUAGUAAAAUUAACCCCCCAUUCCUUGCCAGUCAUUCGCAAUAUGUUCUGAGGAAAAACAAGAUAAGCAAGGGCUACUUACAAAAAGUUUCCGUAUCGUAUUUCCAGAGCUUGAAGGUGGCGUUGUAUUUUCACUUGUAUUUAGCAGAUCUCCCUGUGAUGGGACUUACUGGUGACUUGUGGUAGUUCCCUCUCUCAGCAGUGUCAUCAAAUUCUAAGAUUCUUGCUCUUUCACCAGAAAAAGAUUUAACCGCUGAAAUAGCAUGAGGAGAUCUAGAAUGGACUGAUUCUCUUAGUCAGGUUGGACAGGGCUCUGAGCAACCUGGUCUGGUGGGAGGUGCCCUGUGUGUGGCAGGGGGUUGAAACUAGAUGAUCUUUACAACCCCUUCCAACUCAAACCAUUCUAGGAUUCUUGUAUUGCCACACUUGGUGCUGAGAUUAAUGCAUUUAUAGAUUACUGAACAGAUGCUGGAAGCCUGAUACUCACCUGAUGCAUUCCAAGAGAACUCUUACUCAGGCUUGUCUAGAGCAGGGCUAACUGAAGGUCUCUUCAGUUACUUCAGCUCUUGUCAUUUAAGAUUGUUCUGAAGCUUAGUUUAAUAAAAAUAGAUACAGUUUUUCCUUUACAAUCCCCUUCCUUGUUAAUGGAACUCUCUUUGUAUCUAUCAGGGUUUAUUAUUUCAACAAUUAAGAAAAAUUAAUUAGCAGAUCAUUUCUAAUUUGUAUCAAAUCUAAUUUAAAUGCUGGAGAUCACAGCAUUUAAAUGCUGCCAAAUCACUUUUCUAUGUCUGACUAAAGGUCUGUUAUAUUAGUAUCUUUCCAAUCAUGAUUAAGUGCAAACUCUGCUAUUAUUUCUGUUACUUCACUGACAUGCUCUCUCAGCCUCUACUGGUGAGAGUACCUGUGGUGCAGGUACUUAGAAUCAUGAGUUAGAUUUCAGUAUUUAGUGGCCUUGGAUAUAAAUUUUCUUCUAUAUCCACUCACUGCUUAUAAACGUUGCCAUUUUCCUCAGCAAUGAAUCCUUUAUUAUUAGUUAAUUGAUCUGUAGCAAUUGGCUUUCACAGUGCUUCAUACUAGUUUUAUUUCACACACCUUUAAUCUUACACUGGAAGGUAUGUGAAUAACUGACUCCUGUUUGUUCUCCCUAUAUUAGUUCCAGUUUUAUAAGCCUCUGUCAUAUCACAUGUAGGUCUUUACUGCAACUCAUAAAAGUAGCAUUUCAAAAUUUAAGAGCUUCAAUAGAUUUGUAGCAGCACUUUUAACAGCCAGGACUAGAGUGCUGAGAAGCAUGAUUCACGUCAUCAUUAAGCAUUUUAAAUAGUGCCAAAGCUGUCAUUUAAGAUAAGUCCUUUAAAAAUAUGUAGACUAGAGAUAAGUACCAACACCUCUUUAGAUUAAUGAAAGACGGUUCUAUGUAGAAGUAAAUCCAGAAAGCCGGACAGAAAGUUACAGUCUUGAAAAACUGACUAGUGUUAUUUUUUAACUCAUAACCAUUUAAUGCUUUUCUUCAAAAAGCAUUUUUUCUGGUGUUCGCUGUAGGCCUAGAUUUUCAUUUGAAUGUUCUGUUGAAGCCCAAGUGAUAGUAACAACAAUUAUAUAGUCCCAUGAAACUAAAUAAGUGUAAAAUGUAGCUAAAGCAAACCUCAAAGGCAAUACAGCUUUCCAGGUCUUUUAUCUUAAUACUCUGCACCAUUUUUGUCAGAAAUAUAUUUCAGGUAAAAUACUGAUAUUUUCCUUAUUUCUUUGGCCAUUCAGUUAGUGGGGAUUUCCUGACUUUUUGAGUGAGACAGCCAGUGGCAGCAAGUCAGGGGAAGCUAAGGACUCUAAAAAAAUAAUUAAUUCGUUUUUCUUUGGUAUGCCUUCAGUGUUACAGGCUUUUGGGGUUUGGGUUUUGGUUUUUUUUGCCAUUGGCUCUGAUCUUCCUUUGUUUGAUUUCAAUAAAAAGACCUGUAGUUAAUAUUUUCCAGUACAAGGCAGAACACCAGGCAUUGUAAAAGGGAAAAAAUUUUAUGCCAUCCAGGUGCUACUAAACUGAAAAUUAAAAUACAGAAUUAAUACCUGGCAAGUCAACAGAACCCACAGCACCACUUCAGUAAUUACACCACACCCACUUUGCAGCAGAGGUUUCAGUUAGCUACAAAUAAUGAUUUAGAAACCCUGAGCCACAGACAGUAAGUCUGUCCAAACAAUCGUCUGAGUAUGGCAGUUCCAGAGGCCUCUAAGGUUUGUUGCUGGUGUGCCAAGCAGCAAAUAGAUUCUUCAGCCUCCUUUCAGGAGAUGCUGCAGGAAGCGUGUGAAAGCUUCCAAGGCAAUGCAGUACUGCAACAGUUACAAGUUCACAGUAGUGCCAGCUCUGCAGUGAGUCAUUGGGCAGUCAGUCUGGCUGCAGUGAGAACAAAAGUUGACACGUAUGUGCAUCUGCAAAGCUAAGUAUCACUGUGCCUUAGUUACCUGACUGAAUAAAAAGAGCCUGUGCUUAAACUCAUAGCCUUUUAAAUGCAGUCUGUACUCCACAGCCUUUGUGAAACACGGCCAUUUUACUCACUGGAACAUUAGAUUCAGCUGUAAGCCAGUUAAGAUGCAAUCCACAAAUUGUCCAUGCUGCUGAAUGGGAAAAAAAAACAAACCC